AUGGAUGGUAAAUACGACUAUCAUGAGGCCUACUACCGAAUCAUCCAAGCCAUCCAAGAGCCAUUCGAUCAGACAUGGGCGGAUUCAUUACUUGAGUGGUGGAAUAUGUUGUUUGGCGACAAGGCAGGUAUACCAGUCUUUGACUUUGCAAGUUGUGAAGCGCGACUUAAGUCCGUAUCUUCAGACGCGCAAGGUAGUACCCUACCUUCCGAUCCUGGCUCUGAUACAUCUGUGAUCAAUAUGACUUCGACUCCUGCCACUACGCCGCCUCCCAUUGAAGAACCUGCACCUGUCCAGCAAAAGCCAUCCCCAAGCCACGUCCUAUCAUACCAACUUCUCAGCACAGUGGUGACUCCGAAUGUGGAUGCUGAGCUCCACCUCGCACCCUCCCUUUGGCACCCAUCCCAUCGGGUUCAGGCACUAGCGAUGCACUGCCUCACACCCUCCCUUUGGCUCCCAUCCCAUCUGGCUCAGGCACUGGCACCCGAACAUCUAAGAAGCGUGGCAGGACUAAUAUGUCCCUGCCCCAUCGAUGCACCAAGAAGGGCAAGGGCAAGGCUACCACCACCACCACCACCACCACAGCAAGAGGAAACGCAAGGGCCGGAAUAG